AACCAAAAGUAUAUAACAUUUACCAAAAACGAAAACAAACGCAGGCUUUUAUUUUGUAGCGGACUGUAGUAACUUAGUUACUUACUGGUAUGCAAUGCAUGGCCCCCUGAGAAGAAAUGCAACAUUGCUCGCCACAAAUGGCAUCAUCAGCCGCCAUUUCUUCCGAUCAGAACCCGAAAGCUAUGCUGAACUCAUCGAUAUGUACGCUCGCGAUCGAGCGUUGCACGCUGGCAAGAAGCUUCACGCGCACCUAGUCACCAACGGUUUCGCUCGUUUCAACGUCGUUGCUUCCAACCUCGUAUCCUUCUACACAUGCUGUGGCCAACUCUCCCACGCGCGGAAACUGUUCGACAAAAUUCCCACCACAAAUGUUCGCCGCUGGAUUGCUCUCAUUGGCUCCUGCGCUCGCUGCGGCUUCUACGAUCACGCUCUCGCCGUGUUCUCUGAGAUGCAAGCCGUUCAAGGGCUUACGCCCAACUACGUAUUCGUCAUCCCCAGCGUUCUCAAAGCUUGCGGCCACGUCGGGGAUCGAAUUACAGGAGAGAAAAUACAUGGCUUCAUUUUGAAGUGUUCGUUCGAACUUGAUUCGUUUGUGUCCAGUUCUUUGAUUGUUAUGUACUCCAAGUGUGCGAAAGUUGAGGAUGCGCGCAAGGUGUUUGAUGGGAUGACUGUCAAAGACACUGUGGCUCUAAAUGCUGUUGUUGCUGGGUAUGUUCAACAGGGUGCUGCAAACGAGGCACUGGGUUUGGUGGAAAGUAUGAAGUUGAUGGGUUUGAAGCCAAAUGUGGUAACUUGGAACUCUUUGAUAUCUGGGUUUUCACAGAAGGGUGACCAAGGAAGGGUGUCUGAGAUUUUUAGGUUGAUGAUUGCAGAUGGAGUGGAGCCUGAUGUGGUAUCAUGGACUUCUGUUAUAUCUGGUUUUGUGCAGAACUUUCGUAAUAAGGAAGCAUUUGACACGUUUAAGCAAAUGUUGAGUCAUGGGUUCCACCCAACUUCAGCUACUAUAAGCGCCCUGUUGCCUGCUUGUGCUACUGCAGCAAGAGUUAGUGUUGGGAGAGAGAUUCAUGGCUACGCUUUGGUGACUGGGGUGGAGGGAGAUAUAUAUGUAAGGAGUGCUCUGGUUGACAUGUAUGCAAAAUGUGGGUUCAUUUCUGAAGCGAGGAAUUUGUUUAGUAGGAUGCCAGAGAAGAACACAGUUACGUGGAACUCUAUCAUUUUUGGUUUUGCGAAUCACGGGUAUUGCGAGGAAGCCAUUGAGCUCUUCAAUCAGAUGGAAAAGGAAGGGGUAGCCAAGCUGGAUCAUUUAACUUUCACGGCAGCUCUCACUGCAUGUAGUCAUGUUGGAGAUUUUGAACUUGGGCAGAGGCUAUUCAAGAUUAUGCAAGAAAAAUACAGUAUUGAACCACGGCUAGAGCAUUAUGCGUGCAUGGUGGAUCUUCUUGGUCGAGCAGGGAAGCUCCACGAAGCUUAUUGCAUGAUCAAGACAAUGCCUAUUGAACCUGAUUUAUUUGUGUGGGGUGCAUUGCUGGCUGCUUGUAGAAAUCAUAGGCAUGUGGAGCUCGCGGAAGUGGCUGCUAUGCAUCUAAUGGAAUUAGAGCCUGAGAGUGCUGCGAACCCUCUUCUGCUGUCCAGCGUAUAUGCUGAUGCUGGCAAAUGGGGAAAGUUUGAGAGGGUCAAGAAAAGGAUAAAGAAGGGAAAACUGAGAAAACUUCAAGGUUUGAGUUGGAUAGAAAAUUUAUAACAUUAUAGGUACGUUGGUUGGUAGAGGCCAUAGGUUUUGCUUCUUCAUGAAGAGAAGGGCACACCUACUGGUAUAAUUUUGGAUGUAUCGUUUUGUGCUCCUCGUGAGGCAACAGUUCCAUAAGAUGCACCAUUGGACAUCAACAAUAUCUUGUCGAUAUAUACCUGCAUCCUUUUUAGAUAUUCAAUAGAGUAGAUGGGGAUGGGAUGAGAUGGAAGGAAAAGGAGAGGAAUAGCACCCAUUUCAUUGUCUAGAUUAAGAUAUUUAAUAAUUGAAUAGAUAGCUCCAUACAUACCUUUCAAAUUGGAGGUAAA